AGAGAGAGCUUAGCUCGAAAAAACGAACAGCUCUCACACAGCUCGAUACACGUGCGAUCUACCUAUCCAGUGUGUGUGUGUGUGUGAGUGUGGGGGAGUGUAUGAGUGUGGAUACCAACCACGUAUAUACAAAUCAACAGAACAGGAAAAAGAGAAUACAAUGCACACCAUAAGCAACAAGACGCUGAGCAACGAGGAGAUUGUCGAUGUGCACAAAUGGCUGCAACAGAACGACAUCAAUACAUCACGAUUGCGUCGCGAUUUUUCCGAUGUUUUGCCCCUCGCCGAGAUGAUGAAACGCGAUCACCCGCGACUGAUCGAUCUCAACAAUUUCCCGAAGCGAAGCAGCGUUCAAUUGAAGAUCGCCAAUUGGGAGACGUUCAACUACAAGGUGUUGGCCAAAUUCAAUCUGAAUUUGAGUCGUGAGUUCAUGGAACAAUUAUCAACCGGAGCACACGGAGCCGCCGAAGUGAUGUUGCAUGAGAUAAUGCGAUUGAAGAAACGCCAACGUGUGGUGGAGACACGGAAUGCGAUCUUGGCCCAAGAGCAGAUCUGGGAGGAGAACGAUGAGGUGAAAACGGUGGUGGUCAAUAAACAGGUGGGCGAUGGCAUCGUUCAGGUGCCACAAAAAAUGAUUCUCUAUUCGCUGUACGAGAAGAUGGCACGUGAUAAUUUAGCCAAAGAGGCGAUCAUUGAGGCGAACCAAAAGCGUUUGGCCCACAUGGAGAACAUCAUCAAGGUGAAGACGGAACGCAUCGAAGAGUUGCUUAUGCAAAUGGGUAAAUCACCGGUGAAGCUCUGCAGCAGUUCACAACAUUUGGCAUCCACCUCGAUGCUCAGCUACGAGGCCCUUGGCACUUGUCUACGCAAACGGCAUACGAAUACACCAGCGUCAUCUGAUUGAUGAUGCCACAAAUGCCACAGUUGCAGAACACAUUAUGAAAGAAAGCAUUAACACUUGCAUUCCAUAUUCAAUAUAUUUUUAUUACAUUGUUUCCUUUAGAAAAGAGAGAGAGAGAAAAGCUCGCAAUCCACUUCAUAUGUUCCACAUUCCAAAUAAUGCCAGCCACAUUCCCUUUUUUGCACAAGUGUAAAUUGUGUAUUUGAGUAAAAUCAUCAUCAGCUAUAUCGAAA